AUGGACGCGUCCAUGACUGUUAUUUGCUAUUUUGUGUAUUUUCUGUUUCUAUUUAAUUUUACGGACGCAUUUCGAAAGGAUAUAUUUUCUACAAAAACGGCAUAUAAAUUCUCGGCGGAUGUACAGUUGUCAUCUGUAGAAAAUCAGUUUAUGAAAGCAGAGUUAAAUGGAAAGUCGUGCUCGGCUGUCAAUUUUCAAGUGUUAUUAAGGCAUGGUGCACGUUACCCUGGUUACAAGGAUAUCAGAAAGAUGUCACAACUGCAUGAAAUGUUAAAAAUUAUCGUCAAGUCGCCGGAGGCCAAUUUCAUACACACGUGGAAGAAUGACUUUCCCGAGGUGAUGGAGAAACAAUUGGUUGAUGAGGGCGAAGAAGAACAAUUUGGAUUGGGAGAACGUUUCGGAAAGAAUUUUAAGGACCUAUUCCAUGGAAGUGUGGAUUCAGUGGACUUUUACUCUUCAAGCAAAGAGAGAUGCCUUGAUAGUGCAGCUGCAUUUUAUGAAGGAUUAACAGAAGCAGUAAUUGGUGAAUCAUUCGAUAAUCUCAAGCCAAUCAUUGAUGAUGACAUAUUGCGAUUUCAUGCCACCUGUAAAAACUAUUUCCAUCACGUUGAAAACAACAGAUCACAUCUGAUUCAUCAUAAAAAAUUUAAAACCAGUUCCGAGAUGGAAACUGUUGCCAGAAAUGUGGCAAAUCGUCUUGGUGUCGAACAUGCUGAGCUUGAUGCAGGUGACUUGAAACUGAUCUAUUUCUGGUGCACAUUUGAAAUGAUUAUAUUAAACAAAGAUGACUGGUGCUAUUUGCUGUCAGAUGAGGACAAAGAAGUUAUUGAGUACCACAAUGACAUCAAACAAUACUGGAAGAAAGCUUAUGGUCAUCCAGUAAUAGGAGAAAUGGCCUGUCCUAUAGUGAACAAGAUAUUUAACAACUUUAAAAGUGCAAUCGACCCAGAAACCAGGGACUCUGUUGGGGCUUUUUACUUCGGCCAUUGUGAAACCCUCGCUCCUGUGUAUGCAGCCCUGGGAUUGUUCAAUGAUUCCCUGCCACUCACCGACACAAACUUUGAGUUGCUACGAAACCGAUCGUUUAAAUCCAGUAAAAUCUUACCCUUCUCAGCAAACAUUGCAACAGUGCUGUACGAGUGUCCAGACUAUGCCGAGGACGGCUCCCAUAGCGAUGACUUUGUUGUAAGAAUGUUUGUAAAUGAGAAGCCAGUUGUGAUACCAGCCUGCGACGAAUAUGUUUGCCGAUUUGACGAUGUUUGGAAUUUUUACUUGAAUCAUAUUGAAUCUUGUAAUAUAGAAAAAGUUUGUGGAGCUAAAAUUCGUGAUGAAUUGUGAUGAAAACAAAAACGCCAAGCUCUAAGAAAACGUGCUUAAAUCAUGUGAAUAAAGUAUUAGCCUUUUAGUCCACACAUGGUUAUCUGGGAUGACACUCACUUUCUAGACUAGGUUUUUUUACUAGAGAAUUAAUGAAACAAAAAUAAUGCUGGUCUCAUAUUAUCUUUUCCUGGGAUUCUAAUGAUUAUAUCAGAUUCAGCUUCCUUUAAAAACACCAAUUGUGUACAUUUGCUGAAAUUUCCCAAGUUUAAUAUGUUAAAAACUAAAUUGACAAAACUCUUUUUCCCCAUAUAUUUGAAAGUAAUCUGUAUAAUUUAGUCUGUUUUUUUUUGUUGAUUCGAAGAAAAUGCUUACAGUAAAAUAAGUAAGCAAGAUGUCACUUGCUAUACAGAUAAAUUUCUUUGUGGGAUCAUUCUCACUGUAUAGAACUAUAUGCAGAACACACACUUUUAAAGAAAUUUUUAUUAUUCCUAAUAUACCAAAAUACACAAUAUAAAAAAUAUAUGAAUUACAUAGUCCACAACAGAAAUAAGACAUUUGCUGAAGUAAUACAUCUUAAUGAACACGGAAAAACAGAUCCUUUAAAUCUUAAUGAACACUGCAGAAAAGAUCCUUUAAAUCUUAAUGAACACUGAAAAACAGAUCCUUUUUUCAAGUUUUGCCAACAUGUAUGUAUGCAUUUUGUUUGCACAUUUUAUUCAGACUAAUGUGUGGCCACAGGAAAAAAUCAACAUUACAUAAACUAUUCUUAUUGGUAUUUUUCAUCUUGUUAAAUUUAAACAUGUUAUGGCUGCAAGAGAUAUAAUUAUGAAGUUUCAAACAGUAUGGUUUCUUUCAGUAUUUUUUUCUAUAUAUAUUAUUUGACAUAACUAAAUGUUGUGUACUUUCACACUUUGUAAUAAAUCUUAAGUUUUAGCAGUAAUGUAUACUAUAAUGUAAUAGAUAACAUUUGUACAUGAACAAGAACUCAUUUAAUGCCACCUUUUAUGUUUGUAACAGGUAUGUACCUCUCAAUUUAUUAUGGGCAUUGAAAGGUCAAGUGGUUUAUUGAAACUUAACAACCUAUUUCUUUAUAACAGAAAAAACAUGAAUUUAGGUUAAUGUCAUACAAAACACAUUAUGAAAUUGUUCAAUUUGCGUAGUCUAAGAUUAGCCUCUUAUAUUACCUGUUACAUAUACAAUGUACAAUGUAGAUGGACUACCUAUGAUGUACAUUGUAUGCUCACCUGUUACAUAUACAAUGUACCAUGUAGAUGGACUACCUAUGAUGUACAUUGUAUGCUCCCCUUGGCAAGAAACCUAAAAAUUGUCAUAAAAAGGAAAAUACCCAUUUAUAAUGAACUGAGAAAAUUAAACUAUGCAUACCUUUGCACUGUUAAUACAUUGCCCAAUUUCCUUUGUGCAUACUUUUGCACAUUUUAUGCACUUCUCUAUUUGCUGCUGUUUCAAAGAAAUUCUGCUAAAAAGUUUUAUUUUGUUAUCACCUUGUGAGCCCUUAAAAAUUGAACUUGCAACACAUGUAAAAAAACAAUGUUUGAUCUGUAUCCUUCACUUUGGAGAUAUAUCUGGGGGGAAAAUUGAAAACUCUAGGAUGUGCUUCUGUUAGCUAUGGAUCUCUUCAUAGGCCUCCUUCCACAUCUCUCCUGACACUUUAAGGGACCUGAAAAGAUAUUCACUAUCUUGCAGCUAUAGAGUUUGGUAUGGGCAAGCAUGUUGAGGUUGUUUUACUGGAAUCUGAUAGUUAAAUAAUAUUACAGUGAUUAUUCAUAAAUAAACAGAACUUAAAGAAUUCACAGUUAUUAAUUGAUAUUAAGUAAUAGUACCUCGUAGUUGCUUAAAUAUAUUUCAUAUGAGCCUCACUUUUAAAAAAUUGGGUCUUAUGCAUGUGCGUAAAGUAUUGUCUCAGAUUAGCCUGUGCCGUCUGCAGUCUAAUCAGUAACAAUAUACUUGCUGCUUUAUGGAAUGUUUGUUUAAAGGAGGUCUUUUAUAAUAAUAUCUGCUGAUAAUGGAAUAUGUACAGGUGAAGCACUUGCCAGAAAGGAUUGCAGUUAAAGUAUCUUCAAUUGCAAGUAAGUAUUAGAGCUGAAAUCAACUAAUAUUAAAAACAAAGCAUUGCAAUUCUUUAAGUCUUAAGAUUUGUAAGUCUUUGUAAGUUAAACAAGCUGGACAGUCAGUCAAAUAUAUGAACUUCUUGUUAAAAUUCAUGUUUAGUAACAGUUUUGUUUUAAUUUACAUUUUAACAGUUGGUCUUGUUUUAUUAUUACUCGAAGAGUAUCUCAUAUUUAUUAAAUGUUUUUAUUCGGUCGUUUUAUCUAAGUGAUAAUGUUAUUUUGCAUGCAUCUGUGUUCUUCGCAAUAAAAUCAUUUAUCUAUGCAAUAAUAUUUUUCCCAUACAAAAAACUGGUAUGAUACACUUUAAAUAAUGUAUAAUCAAUAAUGUACACGAUUCUGGUAACUUUGUAUUAUGUGACAGUAUCGUGUGAACAUGGGUCUUAUGAAUCCACAAUAAUAUUGUGAAUAUGGUAAGGAUAUAUGCAAAUAAAUGUGUAAAAAUGGUUUGGCUGGAGCCGCAAUGUCAUAAAACCCAUUUGCGCUGCUCAUAUUGCAUGCUCAACAAAAAACAUGUACAUUUAUGUACCACCAUGAUGCUUGUAGUUUUAAAGAUUAAUUAUGCAAAUGGCUUUAGGAAACUGAAAUUUAUGUUUGUAAGAUUUCCAUGUUCAAGUUUUAAUUUUGCUGUCUUGUUGCAAUUAUGGUUCAAAUAAAAUAUAAU